UAAGAAGAAGAAAAAAGAGCGGGAGCGAGUAAAAUAUCGCUUCUCAUUUCUAUUGGAAUUUACCUCUCUCGCUGAGCUGACUCGUUCACAGUUCCACUCGCCAAAUGCCUUCUGGACUUCGCGAACUUACCGUACUUGGCGAGUUCAAGCCAUUUGGCUUGAUCGCCGAGGCUCUCGAUGGCAAGCCUGCUGAUAAUGUGGCGGAUAAGUACGAUUACUUCCUUUUCGACCCCGAAAUCGUCAGAGACAGAUGCGAAACGGACGACGCCGACGCUUCGGCAUCCGCUCUGAGAGAUCGCUGCGAUCAUGAGCUCUUCAUUAGAGGAAACAAGAUUAUAUGGUCCACAGGUUCUCGAGUGUUCAAGAGAUUCACCUCUCCCUCUCCGGUUAUCACGGCAUGCUGGUGUCAUGUGGGUGAUGUAUCUGAGGCUGUCCUUUGUAUCUUGCAAAGUGAUUCUCUAACAAUAUACAACAUAUCAGGUGAAGUAUCCAUUCCCCUCCCAUGUACCAUUACAUCAAUAUGGCCUCUUCCGUUUGGUUUACUACUUCAGCCAGCAGCUGAAGGGUGUUCAUCUGCACAAUCUACUUUUUUAUCCACAAGUCCGUUAUUAGGUGCAUGCGAUAUAUCCCGUCCUAGAAGAGAAAGUAGGCAUAGUCCCCAACAAAAUAUGACUUUUUUUAGAGCAUUUGAUCAUUCAAUCAAAUCAGAUAUAGUAACAAUGUCCUCGCAUCUGAUUCUGAAGGAUCUGUUGGAAGAGCCACAGGCAACUUAUAUUGAAGAAAGAGGAAAAUUAAACAUAAUGAAGGAUUUUGAUGAAAGAACAAUUUGGACGAGUGAUCGAAUUCCUCUAAUGGCAUCAUAUAAUAAGGGAAAGAUGCAGCAUUCAGUGUGGGUUGCUGAAGUCAUCAAUUCCAACCUUGAAGUGGCGAGUGCAAGUGUAAUUGAUGCAAUUCCUGCUGAUGUAUUAGCUAAACAAUUUUCUUUUCGUAGAAUAUGGCAAGGGAAGGGUGCCCAGACAGCUGCUUGUAAGAUUUUUCUUGCCACUGAUGAUGACUCAGCUCCUGUUAUUUGUUUUCUUCUUCAAGAACAAAAGAAACUGCUGUCAGUAAGGCUUCAGAGUCUUGAAAUAAAUAAUGAGAUAAUCUUUGAUGUUAAGCCUGACAUGAGCUGGAGCCUACCUGCAAUUGCAGCUGCACCAGUGGUUGUAACUCGUCCAAGAGUGAGAGUAGGUCUCCUGCCAUACACAGACAUCAUUGUUUUGGCUCCAGACAACACAAUUCUUCUUUAUUCUGGGAAGCAAUGCCUGUGCAAGUAUUCAUUGCCAUCUUGCUUGGGUAAAGGUUGGAUUUCACAUAAUUCAGAGUUCUCAGAGACAGUAUCCACUCCCCACAACAUAAAGAUUUUAGGAUUGGCUGAUGCUGUGGAGGGGCGUGUCAAUCUAAUAACCAAUAAUGGGCAGAUGUUUCGAUGUGUAUUACAAAGAAGCCCUUCAUCUGUAUUGGUGAAUGAUUGUAUCACAGCAAUGGCUGAGGGGCUCAGUUCAAGUUUCUACAAUCAUUUCCUCGGUGUUCUUUGGGGAGAUGCUGACUCUGAAUAUUUGUCAAAGGUCGAUUCUAGUGUUGAUGCUGAAUGGAACUCAUUUUGCGGUCUUGUACUUGGAAUGUGUGGAAAGUCCAAUGAAGUUUCUCAUAAGUAUUCAAGUUCCCUGAUGCUUUCUUCCUGGGAAUUCCUUCUUAACAGCAAAUUUCACAUGAACUACCCAAAGCUAAACUUCACGACUCGAAUUUCUUCUGCAAUGUCACUUGAUGUGAAGGAUAUAGAUUCUUCUGGACCAAAUACAAGAUGUAAACAAAGUUCAGAAGCAUCAUGUUUCUUACAGGGGAUUCUGGAUUCUCUGCAUGCAUUAUAUGAAAAUCUGAAACUGGAUAAUCUUCGCAAGCGGGACUUGGAGCUUUUGGCUGUUCUACUAUGCAACAUUGCGAAAUUUCUUGGCCAGGAAAGUUACUUAGAUCAUUACAUUCGUGAUUUUCCAGGCCUUUUUAAGAAAAUUGGGAUAUGUGCUAAGACUUGCUCCCAAAAAACUGCCUCUAGUUUAUUCAGGUGGCUUGAACACUGCUUGCAAUUUGGUUGUAGUUCUGCUAAUAAAAAUGAUCUCCCGCCUUUAAUUUACAAAGAUGGAAGUUCUGUUAUGAGCCGGGCGCGAAAGAUAGUCUCCUUCUACAGUUUAUUAUGUGGUGGUAAACAGAUAGGCAAGAAGCUAUCUUCUGGUGUUCACUGUAAUGUUGCUAGAGGAUCAUACACAAAUAGUGAGGAGCUCACUGUCUUGGCAAUGGCUGGGGAAAGAUUUGGACUGCAACAGCUCGACUCCCUGCCUUCUGGUGUAUCUCUUCCUCUGCGACAUGUGUUAGAUAAGUGCCGGGAAUCUCCACCAACCGACUGGUCUGCAGCUGCAUACGUUCUUCUCGGUCGAGAAGAUCUGGCUUUGUCACAUUUGACGCAUACUCACAAAUCUAAGGAACUUGAAACUCAAUCCAAUGUGAAUUUGAUAUCAAUGUCGUCGCCGUACAUGCUACAUUUGCAUCCAGUGACGAUUCCCUCUUCUGUUUCUGACACAACUGGAUUGGAGAGUUCAAAGUUUGAGGAUACAGAUUCUGCUGAGGGACCCAUGAUGGAUGGUAUGGAGCACAUCUUGAACUCUAGCACUCAGUUGCGGUAUGGUCGAGAUCUGCGAUUGAAUGAGGUUAGACGCCUUUUGUGUUCUGCAAGACCUGUGGCUAUCCAGACAUCAGUUAAUCCCAGUACUUCUGAUCAGGAUAUCCAGCAGGCUCAAUUGUGGCACCUAGCACAAAGGACCACUGCACUUCCCCUGGGCCGUGGGGCAUUUACUUUGGCAACAAUAUCUACUCUCUUAACAGAGGCUUUCACUGUCCCAAAGCUUGUUUUAGCAGGUCGGUUGCCUGCCCAACAAAAUGCAACUGUUAAUCUGGACCCUAAUAUAAGAAAUAUUCAAGAACUUAAGUCCUGGCCAGAGUUUCACAAUGCUGUUGCUGCCGGACUAAGGUUGGCACCACUUCAGGGAAAAGUGUCCAGAACAUGGAUUAUAUAUAACAAACCUGAGGAACCAAAUGUUAUUCAUGCUGGACUUCUCCUUGCUUUAGGAUUACAUGGGUAUCUGCGUGUUUUAAUUAUUACUGACAUAUAUACAUAUUUCACACAGGAACAUGAGAGCACAACUGUAGGAUUAAUGCUUGGCCUGGCUGCUUCCUAUAGGGGGACAAUGCAACCAGCAAUAUCAAAGACACUUUAUGUGCAUAUACCUGCUCGACAUUCUUCUUCAUUUCCAGAAUUGGAAUUGCCAACCCUUCUGCAGUCAGCAGCAUUAGUGUCACUUGGGCUUCUUUAUGAAGGAUCAGUGCACCCACAGACAAUGCAAAUCCUUUUGGGUGAAAUGGGCCGUAGAAGUGGAGGUGAUAAUGUACUUGAAAGAGAGGGCUAUGCUGUUUCUGCAGGCUUUGCAUUGGGUCUUGUUGCAUUGGGCCGAGGGGAAGAUGCACUUGGUUUUAUGGACAGUUUGGUUGAUCGAUUGUUUCACUACAUUGGUGGCAAGGAAAUUCAUAAUGAAAGACCCCUGUUCUUGACACCGUCAACUGAUGAACACAAUCGUGGAAUUGGGCAGAUGAUGGAUGGAACUGCAGUCAAUGUUGAUGUUACUGCACCUGGAGCUAUAAUUGCUCUUUCUCUAAUGUUUUUGAAGACUGAAUCGGAGGCAAUUGUGUCGAGGCUUUCUAUUCCUCAGACUUAUUUUGAUUUGCAAUAUGUGAGGCCUGACUUCAUAAUGCUUCGAGUCAUAGCCCGGAAUUUGAUAAUGUGGAGCAGGGUGCAUCCUUCCAAAGAUUGGAUUCUCUCCCAGAUUUCUGAGAUAGUGAAAAAUGGUCUUGAAGGCCUUAGAGACGACAUAAGUGAUAUUGAUGAAAUGGAUGCAGAAACCUUUGUCCAGGCAUAUGUAAAUAUAGUGGCAGGAGCAUGUAUUUCAUUAGGUUUGAAGUUUGCUGGCACAAAGGAUGGAAAUGUGCAGGAAUUACUUUAUGAAUAUGCUGUUUACUUUCUAAAUGAGAUCAAGCCUGUUUCUACUACUGGUGGAAAUACCUUUCCCAAGGGAUUGUCUCGAUAUGUUGACCGAGGCACAUUGGAAAUCUGCCUUCACCUCAUUGUUCUUUCCUUAUCUGUGGUUAUGGCUGGUUCUGGACAUCUACAAACAUUUCGGUUACUGAGAUUUCUUCGAAACCGUAAUUCUGCAGAUGGUCAUGCUAAUUAUGGAAUUCAAAUGGCUAUAAGCUUGGCAAUUGGUUUCUUGUUUCUUGGGGGAGGAAUGCGGACAUUUUCAACAAGCAACAGUUCUAUUGCUGCUUUAUUGAUUACUCUCUACCCACGUUUGCCUACUGGACCAAAUGAUAAUCGCUGCCACCUUCAGGCAUUUAGGCAUUUAUAUGUCCUAGCAAUGGAGGCUCGCUGGAUUCAGACAGUUGAUGUUGACAGUGGUCUACCUGUUUAUGCUCCUCUUGAAGUUACUGUUAGGGAAACUGAACAUUAUGCAGAAACAAGUUAUUGUGAAGUUACUCCUUGUAUUUUGCCUGAACGUGCAGUUUUGAAGAGUGUACGUGUGUGUGGCCCUCGGUACUGGCCUCAAGUGAUGGAGCUUGUCCCUGAAGAUAAACCUUGGUGGAGUUUUGGCAACAAAAAUGACCCAUUUAAUUCUGGUAUUCUCUAUAUCAAGCGGAAGGUUGGCGCUUGUUCAUAUGUGGAUGAUCCUGUAGGACGCCAAUCAUUGCUUUCACGAGCAAUGCAUAAGGUUUUUGGUUUGACAAGUACAAGAGCAUGUAGUCCCAUUGUUAGUGGCAAAAGUGGUUUGAGUUCUGUUUCAGUUGAUCAGUUGGUCAGUACCUUCUCCUCUGAUCCUAGCUUAAUUGCCUUUGCUCAACUCUGCUGUGACCCUUCCUGGAAUUGCAGAUCAGAUACUGAUUUCCAGGAAUUCUGCUUGCAAGUAUUAUAUGAGUGUAUUAGCAAAGAUAGACCAGCUCUUCUACAGGUCUAUUUGUCAUUAUAUACUACUGUUGGGUCCAUGACUGACCAAGUUACAAAUGGCACUUUUGUUUCUGGAGACUCGCUGGCUAUUUCUAAUUUGAAGCUUGCGCUAACCUACAAUGAGGCUCUUCUGAGUGGAAGAUUGACAACUUCAAGAGGGGGCGUUGUUCAGUCUGUCUUUCUAGGAUCUCUUAGGAAGCAGGUCGAAGAGCUCCUAACAUUUUCAGAGGCACUGAAGAAUGAUUUGUGCAACUAUUUGAAUUCAGCACGAUGGCCCAGUGAUGAGAAACAAGGAGAGAAGAAUUCAGUACUUCUUUCAUGGUAUCUUCAGUGGUUUGGAGUCCCAGCUCCUUCUGUCAUCAGGAUAGCAUUGGAGAAAGUCAAGCCCAAGGUCUCUUCAUCAUCUUCAGUUCCAUUAUUGCGUUUGUUAUUUCCAACUACUCAUAUCAAUGCUAUUGGCGAGAUGGAUAAAUCCUUGUUUUCUUCGUGGAGUCAUUAGAUGAGGUUUUUCAGAAAAAAAGGGUAUCAUCAUGAGCAAUGCCCUUAAUGUUUUCGGUAAUUCUUGUAAUCCCGAUCCUUUAGAAGGGUUUUACAUUAGGCCUUGAGAUGAAGAAACAAUCAGGAUUGCAAUUAUAUCUCGUGAUGGCUUAUGUUGUGAGUCUCUUGUACAUGCUUGUAAGGUUUCAUAAAGUGACUCAAAUCGUUCUAUAAGCAUGACCGUUCUGAAGAUUCAUAUUUCAGCAUGUGGCAUAGCCUUGCGGCGCAACUAUGGAAAUGCAAGAUGUUUGAGGUAAAUGCUAGCAUUUGUUCAUUUAUGAAAUGAAAUUACUAUGUCCUGGGUUUGGAGUCAGGGGUUUGCUAAAUGUAUUCGUAAAGCAAUUGGUUCCAUUAUCAGGCAGACCAAGGAAACCCCAAUGAAGACAAUCUGAAUAUAUGGCAGGAUUAGAAUUCUGCUCUGGCGAAAGUUUACCACCUUGUUUAAACAGAGAUAUGCGAAUCUUUCCUGUAAUCCGAGAGGGUUGUUAGGUUGAGAAAGUGGAAUUCUAGCUCAUUGAGUCAACCCUGUGGGUUCUUCCAGCCUAUGCAGUUGAUUUAAUUUUUUAUUGUAAAAUUUGAAGUAAUAUCUUAUUUGAUUUUAUUCAGGAAGUUGGUUUUUGGGACAGCUAAUUAGUUUUUUUCUUGUUUAGGAUUUCAAAUUCUAGCAAUGGUAGAAACUUGGAUUCAAUUACAAGGACUAGGCAUUAUAUAGGAGAUGUGAAGAACUACAUGAAAAAAAAAGUCAGAAGUUGCUUUUUUUUUU